AUGAAGAGGAAGAAGAGCUGUAAUGAUCCUCCCUCCAUUGGUCCCUCCUCGAAGAAGAAUAAAUGUAAUCAUCCUCCCUCCAUCGAUCUGUCCUCCAGAGUUGAUCCCUCCUCCACCAAUCUAGUUGAUCCCACCUCCACCAAUCCAAUUGAUCCCACCAUUGAUACCUCCUUUAAUACAUCAAUUGAUAUCAAGAAGAUGGAUAAAGCAUAUAAUACAUUGGUGAAUAUAUUUUAUUCUAACAUGCAUGAUAUUAAUAAAGGUGAUCGCAAUUUUAAGUCCCUUGUGAGGAAUGUAAGAUUUGAAGUAACCCCAGAUUUAGUUUCAAAAAUACUGGGAGUUCACCGACCUUUCGUUCCUAACGAUAUACUUACCUAUCCAUUCAAAAAUUCUAAGGACAUACCUAAAUUGGAAGAUGCUUAUGCAGAAAUUGAGGGGUACAAUAUUAGUCCAAGAGGACAUGCUGCUGAUUUUGGACUUGAUCGAGCUCAUCUCAUGUAUGCCAUUGAAAAGGGUAUAUAUUCAGAUCUACCUUGUUUAAUCGUUGAUGAAAUUAUUUCGGUACAAGGUACGAAAGAUAGGGAACAAUGUCUCCCAUUCCCAAUUUUGACUUCAAAGAUUUUGGAGGAUUGUGGAGUUGUGAUUCACUCAAGUGAUGCUUAUUCCAUUCACAUGAAUCCAAUUUAUGGUGGGACAAUAAAAAAGAGUUUGGGGCAAGGGAAGAAGAAGAAAACUCAGUAG